GAACACUACCUCUGUUGCGUCAAUAUCCAAACCUAUAGUCACGAUUUCCUGGGCGUGGCCUUAUUGCCCAUCAUGGCGACCAAUAUGCGUGGGCUCACGCAGUUCAUUGCGGAUAUCAGAGGUGCCAGGGUCCGCGAACUAGAAGAGAAACGUAUCAACAAAGAGAUGGCAAACAUACGGAAGAAGUUCAAAGACGGGAAUCUAGAUGGAUACCAGAAGAAGAAAUAUGUUGCCAAGAUCAUAUUUACCUAUAUUCUUGGUUAUAAAGUGGACGUUGGGCACAUGGAGGCCGUCAAUCUCAUCUCAAGCCCCAAAUACAGCGAGAAGCAAAUAGGCUAUCUAGCGGUCACUCUGCUUAUGCACGAGAACUCUGAUUUCCUGCGCUUAGUUGUGAAUUCUAUCCGUAAGGACUUGGACUCGAACAACGAGAUUGACAAUUGUCUUGCUUUACAUGCCAUCGCCAACGUUGGCGGAAUGGAGAUGGCGGAAGCUUUGGCGGAGGACGUGCAUCGUCUUCUGAUAUCCCCAACAUCCCAGAGUUUCGUGAAGAAGAAGGCCGCCCUCACUUUGUUACGACUCUACCGGAAACACCCGCAAGUGAUUCCGGCCGAUGAAUGGGCGCUACGGAUUGUAUCGCUCAUGGAUGACCCAGACUUGGGGGUCGUGCUUUGCGUCACGAGCUUGACUAUGGCAAUGGCUCAAGACCAUCUGGAGGCAUAUUCGGUAUGCUACCAGAAGGCGGUGGACCGCUUAUACCGGCUCGUUGUUGAACACGAGUAUUCUGGGGCGUAUGCAUACUACAAAGUUCCCUCGCCGUGGCUGCAAGUGAAGCUCUUGCGGUUGCUCCAGUACUACCCACCCCCAGAGGAUCCUACAAUCUACGAUAUUCUUCAUACCGUACUCGAAACGAUUAUGAACAACUGUUCCGAGCCUUCCCGAAAUGUCCAGCAUAACAAUGCACAGCAUGCCGUAUUAUUCGAAGCCAUCGGGCUGGCUAUCCACGUGGACUCCAACUCACCCUUGGUCGGCACCGCAGCAAUCCUACUCGCUCGCUUCAUAUCCUCGAAGGAGACAAACGUGCGGUAUCUUGGUCUCGACACCAUGGCGCAUCUCGCUGCACGUGCGGAUACACUGGAGCCUAUCAAGAAACAUCAAGGCACCGUCAUCCUCUCACUGCGUGAUAAGGAUAUCUCAGUUCGCCGCCGUGCCCUCGAUUUGCUAUACAGCAUGUGCGAUGUUGACAACUCGGAGCUGAUUGUGGGAGAACUGCUGAGAUAUCUCAAAGUGGCCGACUACGCAUUGCGCGAAGAGAUGGUCCUGAAAAUAGCCAUCCUCACGGAGAAAUACGCGAACUCCUACAAGUGGUAUGUAGAUACCAUACUGGAUCUCAUCAGUGCUGCUGGGGACCACGUCGGCGACGAAGUCUGGUACCGCGUGGUGCAGAUUGUAACGAAUACGGAGGAUCUGCAAGAAUACGCUGCCAAAGUCGUCAUGGAGCACUUGAAGCAGCCAUCCUCGCACGAAAGCUUGGUGAAAGUCGGUGGUUAUAUACUGGGAGAAUAUGGGCAUCUCGUCGCCAACGAAACGGGCUAUACGCCAAUGGAACAGUUCCAGCUUCUGCACUCCAAAUCGCAGUUCUGUGUGGCGUCCACGAGAUCUCUUCUGCUAUCGACCUAUAUCAAAUGGGUCAAUGUGUUUCCCGAAAUCAAACCUCAACUCUUGAAUGUCUUCGAACGUUAUCGCCACGUUCUCGAUGCCGAACUCCAGCAACGAGCUUGUGAAUACUAUGCCUUGGCGUCUCGACCAGAAGACGACGAGGUGUUACAGAAUGUAUGUGAGGAGAUGCCCCCAUUCCCUCCGCGUACAAGUGCCUUACUCGGGCGCUUGAACCGCAAACAUGGCGAUACAGAGGAUAAACGUACUUGGAUCCACGGAGGCAAGGAAGCUAACGACACCCGCCAGCUGAUGGUGGCGAGCAGGGCGCCUGGAUCGAUCACGAACGGGAUUGCCAAUACCGCUGGCCCAAACACCGAUAACAUUACGGAAUCACUGAAGGGUCUUGAGAUUGCUCCUACUUCUCCAGAUCACGCAACGGGAGCAUCGCAUGCAGGAACAUCCUCUUCGGCCUUUGCGUCACCUGCACAUUCCAUUCCUCAUCUUACGAUUGGUCCGAAUGUUGAUCGGUGGUUCGAGAAACUCACCUACAACGCAGAAGGCGUACUCUACGAGGAUGUCCAGAUUCAAAUCGGGAUCAAGUCGAAAUUUCAAGGCCAAUUUGGUCAGCUCGCCGUAUAUCUCGGCAAUAAAAUCUCUGCCGCUAUGACCUCCUUCACUACUCGGAUCCACAACGUUGACCCAGCCUUCCUCUCUGUCACCCUGGCAAAGAUGCCACCCAAUAUGAUCGCUCCGCGCACUCAAACCCAGCUCCUCCUUCAAGUCGAGUGCAAGAAGGUGUUCAAAGAUCCGCCUAUCCUAGAAGUAUCAUUCCUGUCAGGAUCACACCAGACCAUCGCUAUCAAACUCCCCUUAGUGAUUACGAAGUUUUUCGAGCAUGUCAAAUUCAACCAGGCCGACUUCUUCGAGCGAUGGAAGCUGAUUGGUGGCCCACCUCGAGAAGCCCAGGCCAUAUUUCCCAUAUCCCUGAAUGAGGCUGGUCAAGUGGACCUGCACAAGAACCGACAAGUGGUUUCUGGCCACCGCUUCAACGUCCUCGACGGUAUUGAUCCAAAUCCCAACAACCUCGUAGGAGCAGCGGUGCUUCAUACGUCAACAGAUGGGAAAGUCGGGUGCUUGCUGCGGCUCGAACCCAACAAGGAAGCGAAGCUAUGUCGAAUCACGGUCCGUAGUACGUCGGAGGAGGUUGCAGCUGCCGUGCAGCAGCUGGUACAAGCGCCAUUACAGGCCAUUUAGCCAUUGCACAUCGUACAUGCU